AUGUUUUCACUCUUGCUUGUGAUGUUGUCAUUUGCGGGUCAUCAUGCAAAGGUCAUCAACCAGGUCAAAACAUACGCUAAUAAAGCUAGCGAAUUGAGUGAAUUUUACAAGUCGCUGAAUAAGUUGCCCAGUCCUGAUUUAGGACAAGAUGAUUUGGAAAAACAAGCUGAGGCACAGGAAGAAGCCGAUAGGUUAAAAGAGGAAGCUAAACAGAAGCAGGAGUAA